GCUAACAUGAUGAUGUUUUGCAUUUUAGUGGAAAAUUGUUUAGGAGAGAUGAACAGCAUCAAGCAAGAUGCUGAAAUUUUUGGAUUCCAAACAAAAACUAUGUUUAACAAGGAGGUUUGCCGCUCUGUUAUCAACUUUCAGCAGGUUUCAAAUUCAGUUGUUGAAAUUUGGGCGAGGUACUUGCAUGAGAAAAUGGAGGCUGAUGGAGGGGACAUGCCAGUCCAGCUUGGUACUUCUGCUGCCAUAGCAAUACCAAAGAGGGCAUCAGACCAAGCGGUUACUAGGAGGUCACAAUACAUAGCUGAUCUUUUGGAUAUUUCCUUGCUUGGACAAAUGACUUUAAUCCCCUAUAAUACCGGGAAUCAUUGGGUGUUGGUCGCCAUCGACAUGGCGGCUGAAACGAUUUACUACCUAGAUUCCUUGGGAGGAAUUCCAUCGAAGGAUUUGGAGGAAAUCAUGAAUCAAUUAAGUUACAUAGGCCCUUUAAAUGAUGAGAAAAUAUUGGAUCGGUUGAAUUUUAAUAAUGAUUGUGUUUCCUUUUCAGAGGGGUGACGAUUAAUCAUGCCCAAAAAUCCAAGAAAAGGUUGAAUUUAAAAUGGGUGAGAGUGAUGUGCCCUAAGCAAACAAGAGGAGUUGAGUGUGGUUACUUUGUGAUGAAGUACAUGAAGGAUAUUGUAUCUGACGUGAAUCGUUUGAAACAGAAUUUCUCUACCGUCAAGGAGUAUACCAAAGAUGAUAUUUUACAAGUGCGUGAGGAGUGGGCUUUGUAUGCUGCUACUUUGAUAAAAAAUGUGCAAGCGGAUCCUACAAAGGCUUGAUGAUAUGCACGGGGAGAUGCAUUUCUGAUUAUUGUUGAUGGCGGUUAGAAUGGUCGGUGUUAUGUUAUGUUUGUAGAAUGUAGAGGCAGGUCAAACUUUUGAUAACUAAACAUUGGUACCUGUUGGGAAUGUGACUUGUUUGUAUUUUAGCAUCUUCA